CCCACAAUUAGUUUAGUUGUUAGAUCUUGAAAAUAGUUGGGGAUAAGCAAUAAUGUUUUUACUAUUUCUUAGUGUUUAAAUAGAACAAGAAAUGAGUUGCAACCUAAAGAAUAUGUUUAAUAAUAGUAGUGUCCUAAGUUUGAAUAACACAAACUACCAUUUAUAAUUCUUUAAUCUUACACAAACUACUAUCGAGAGUAGUAUAAUCAUUUUUUCAAAUUUAAGGGUGUCCCGGAUUACCAAUUAUAAUUUUUUCUUCAUACGAAACUACAGCCGGGGGUUGGAUAAUCGUUCUUCCAAAUUUUAGGGGUGUCCCGGGACACCCCUAAAUGUCCAUGUAUCCGCCACUGAGUAAAAUGAUCAAUAUUAUAUUUCGUAUGCAUAAUAUUUAUAUAAUCUGAAUAGAUCUAUUUGAAUCCGACUCGUAUGAGUUGACAAAAAUUGAACUUAAUUUAUAUCAAACCACAAAUUAUAAAUAUUGCAUGAGUGUCAACUCAAUAUGAGUCAUGAUAAUUGACUUAGAAUUAUAAUCGAGUAAUCGACCCAUCCUAGCCCGUCAGAACUCAGAAGCACUCGUAUUCACAAAAGAAAAAAGAAUUGGGCUCCAUAUUAUUAUUGGGUAAACAAUGGCCCGUUACCAGGAGGAUAGACUGGAAACAACUCAAAACGUGGCAGGCCUCAGAAAUCGUCGGCCCAACCUCCGAUUUCUACAGGUAAAGUUUCCAUCCCCUACGCAGUGCUGGGGCAUAGCAUUUUUUUCAGAGCUCUGCUUCUUAGCAGUUGAGCUCCUAAAACCCUGCCAAUGGGUCCUCUCCACAGAGCUUCGAAAACCCUCAAAUCACUCAGACACCAAUUUUUGCUGCACGCGACUCAGCAAUUCGAUUCAUCUUCGCGCCUCUCGGGUUCAAGUGAUUACCGGGUGGUGCUGACAAGAGCGCUAUGCUCCCACCCCCGCCAGAACGCCAAAGAAGCCGUGGAUUUGACCCAGUACCCGCCGGAGAGAAUUCGAAACUUCUCCAUCAUCGCCCACGUCGACCAUGGCAAGUCGACGCUCGCUGACCGUUUGUUGGAGCUCACCGGCACCAUCAAAAGAGGCCAUGGCCAGCCUCAGUAUCUCGAUAAAUUACAGGUAGAGAGAGAAAGGGGGAUCACGGUGAAAGCUCAGACAGCGACGAUGUUCCACAAGUACAAUCUCCAAGGCUCGAGCUUGGAUGGUUCAAAUGAGCCGCAGCCGUUUCUUCUGAAUUUAAUUGACACGCCUGGUCAUGUGGAUUUUAGCUAUGAAGUUUCGAGAUCAUUAGCAGCUUGCCAAGGCGCCCUUUUGGUGGUUGAUGCAGCCCAAGGUGUGCAGGCACAGACAGUGGCUAACUUCUAUCUCGCAUUUGAAUCUAACCUCACAAUUAUCCCUGUCAUUAACAAGAUAGACCAGCCAACAGCUGAUCCUGAUCGAAUUAAAGAUCAACUGAAGUCGAUGUUUGAUCUUGAGCCGUCUGAUUGUCUUCUAACCUCGGCCAAAACAGGACAGGGGCUUGAACAUGUCCUGCCAGCCGUCAUUGAGAGGAUACCUCCUCCACCUGGGGAAGGGAAUAGGCUGUUGCGCAUGCUCUUGCUGGAUUCCUAUUAUGAUGAGUACAAAGGAGUGAUCUGCCAUGUGGCGGUUGUGGAUGGGAUGUUGAGGAAGGGGGAUAAGAUAUCAGCUGCUGCCACAGGUCAAACCUAUGAUGUUCUGGAUGUAGGUUUCAUGCAUCCUGAACUCACUCAAACUGGGGUGCUUCUAACUGGACAAGUGGGGUAUGUUGUGACUGGAAUGAGGUCGACUAAGGAAGCACGUAUUGGAGACACUUUGUUUCACGCCAAAACCAUUGUAAAGCCUCUUCCUGGCUUCAAGGCUGCAAAACACAUGGUGUUCUCUGGUCUCUUUCCGGCCGAUGGAUCUGACUUUGAGGCACUCAACCAUGCAAUAGAGAGGCUGACAUGUAACGAUGCCAGUGUCUCUGUUACUAAAGAGAGUAGCACUGCUCUUGGUCUGGGUUUUAGAUGUGGGUUUUUGGGUUUACUUCACAUGGAUGUUUUUCAUCAGCGGCUUGAACAAGAAUAUGGAACUCAUAUUAUUUCCACUGUCCCAACUGUUCCAUAUAUCUUCGAAUAUUCUGAUGGAAGCAAAGUGGAAGUUCAAAACCCUGCUGCUUUGCCCUCAAACUCAAAGCAGCGAGUUACAGCUAGUUGGGAACCUACAGUAUUAGCCACGAUUAUUAUCCCUAGUGAGUAUGUUGGACCGGUUAUUACCUUGUGCUCGGAAAGAAGAGGGCAGCAAUUGGAGUACUCAUUCAUUGAUAGCCAACGUGCCUUUAUGAAAUACCGCUUGCCUUUGAGAGAAAUAGUUGUCGAUUUCUACAAUGAAUUGAAGAGUAUAACAUCAGGAUACGCGUCAUUCGACUACGAAGAUUUAGAAUACCAACAAGCCGAUUUGGUGAAACUUGAUAUUCUCCUAAAUGGUCAGGCAGUUGAUGCCAUGGCAACAAUUGUUCACAACUUGAAGGCACAACGGAUGGGCCGUGAACUGGUGGAUAAGUUGAAGAAAUUCAUAGAUAGGCAAAUGUUCGAGAUAAUCAUACAAGCAGCAAUUGGGUCAAAGGUUGUUGCUAGAGAGACGAUCUCAGCUAUGAGGAAGAAUGUUCUAGCAAAGUGUUAUGGUGGGGACAUUACUCGGAAGAGGAAGCUACUGGAAAAACAGAAGGAAGGAAAGAAGAGAAUGAAGCGAGUUGGGUCAGUUGACAUACCUCAAGAGGCUUUCCAUCAACUAUUGAAGGUGUCAUAGGGAAAAGCAAGCAAGAACGAGAUCCUCUCCUGAAAUAUUUCCAGCUGGUAAGUCCAUCAAGGUCGAUAUGUCUUGGGGUUUGCUAGGACAAUCCUCGAAGUGGAUACUAGGAUGCUAAUAGUUUUUCAUACGCGAUCGACAGGAAGGAAAGCAGGCCUGCAAUGCAUCUGUGUGAUGCGAAUGAUUACCGGAGAAUGUUACAGCAGAAGCGAAAUAGCCCCUGAACUUGUAUGGGAGUUAGUUUGUCUGGUUUUGCGUAAGGAAGUGUCACUUGUGAGAGUUGGCUAUGAUCCAGAGCGAGGUGCUGGGGACUUGGGUGAACUUUGAAAACGAAUUGAUGUAGGUGUGAGGGACAUGUAUUAGCGUCAAGUACAACAAAACUUGGGCACAGUUGGUCAUAAAUAGUGUUGGAAAAAUCAAACAACAUACAUAGAUGAAAUGCGCAGUUGAUAGCUUGUAUUAUUCAUCUCUGCGCCGGGUAAUUUUCUGUAAGAUGAAUGCGAGGAAUUCGUGAUCUAUGGUAUUACGAAGCAAACUUUUUCAAGCAUUGUCGAUCACGAAUUGUUUCCUCUGCUUGUGGAUGAAGUAAGCUAGCAGACAUAAUUCCUUGUAUCGAUUAUCAAUUGAGGGCUCCUCUGUUGUGUUCUGACUGGGGAAUACGUGGUGUUCCCAAGUUCCACAUAUCCGGACACUUGACACCACUUCACCGUCGUCUUCUUCCAAAAUUCCAAGAUAAAGAAGGUGCUAAACGUAAGGAUGUCCGCGUUUGGGUCCUGCCUAGCGCAUAACAUGUUUAGACAACGUCUAGAUAUGCGUUUGAAGUAAAUAAACAUUUUUUUAACAAAAAUAAUCAUUUUAU